UUGGGUCUGUGUUGAUUAGCAGCUUGCAAAGUGCGCGAAUGGAGCAGGCGGCGGCGACCAGCAAACCAGCAUCGCCUGCUGUGUCAGGCGACGAAGCCGUAGUACAGCAGCAACAGGAAUCGGAAGAACCGCCACGACCGUGCAGCAUCUCCAAAGUCGGCCAGCAGCCACCAGCGGUGGCGGUUGCUGCGCGUACGAUGGCCGUUUGCAGAAUCUGUCUGGCGAGCGGCGUCCGAUCGAUGGUGUCCAUUCACCGCCCGAUUCGGGAGUACACCGGAAAAACGCUGCUCAGUAUGCUGCUGACCGUGUGUAUGCCGCUCAACAACCGCGACCGUGAGGCGGACGGCGGCGGCGGCGGACAAAUGCCGGAGAGCAUUUGUCGCAGCUGCCAGUGGAAGCUGCUGUCAGCGUACGAUCUCUACCAGACCACACUGGCCAGCGAUGACCAGCUACGGAGGAGGAACGACCAACUGCUGGAACCGACACUAGACGAAUCGCAUCCCACCAUAAAGCUGGAGAUGCCGGACGAUGAUGAUAUGUACGAUGAUAUGUACCGGCCGGAGGUGGAACUCACGAUGCCGUCGUCGCUGCAGGAUGACACGAACCAAAUGGACGAGACCGGUGGCACGGCAAUGGAGACCGGCGAUCCCGGUGAGCUGGCGGACGAGUCCAAAUUUUCCAUACCCGACACGAAGGAAUCGUUCAUCGAUGAGCACUACCAGUACGAGCCGGGCUCCGGUAACCAUGUGUGUGGGUUGUGCAGUCAAGAUUUUCCCUACAAAAGCCAAUGCCGGGCUCACAUUGCGGCGAAACACAAUCCGGCCAAACCGUUCAAGUGUGACACCUGUUUCUGCACGCUCACGAGUCUCCAGCGGCUGCAGCGGCACAAGAUCGUGGCACACGGCGAGGGCCAGGUCAAACAGCAGGACGCGAUCGAAGAGCAAAACGAUUGCACCGGCGACACGAUGUACGUUUGUCCGAUCUGUGCCAAAAAGUUCGCCUCGUCGGUGCGCUUCCGGCGCCACAAGAGUGUGCACGCCGUGCACAAGCGACCGUUCAAGUGUGACAUCUGUCUGUACCGGUUCCCGAGCAAAUCGCAGCUCACCCAGCACGCCAAGGUACACCGAGAGCCGACCGAGGGCCAGGAAACGGAAGCGGGCCCCCUUCUGCCCUGUGACCAGUGCGAAGAGAUGUUCUCCGGCAAGCGAUUGCUAACGAUUCACCAGCGGAAAGUGCAUGGGCGGCCGGGCGGACGGACGGAGGAUGGGCGCGAGCGAACCGACUACUCCUGCAUCAUCUGCAACGAAAGCUUUGCCCGGGAAAGCGUCCUGAAUACGCACAUGAAAAUGCACGAACUGUUGGCCGCGGAGAAGGACAAGGAAAAGCGGCUCGACCUGGAACGGUUGGUGAAGCAAGAGCUGCAGCACCAAAUGGCGCUCAAUGUGCCACCGUUGCCCCCGCUGUCGCCCGAAGUGCCAGACCAUGCCCACUCGGUGCUGGAACCGUUCGCCCUCGGUCUGGUGCCGGUUGUUAAGGAAACCGACGACGGUGGAGGUGACGGGGUCGAGGAUGGCGCAGCAGCGCAACCCUCGACUACAACCUUCGGCAGCAUCAACAACAAUAGUUUCAUCAGCUUUAACAACAAUAACUCCCGGAAGAUGGCGACUCUCGGAGCUGCAGCAGCGGCAGCUAAGAAAAAGAUCAUCCCAACCGAUAUUGCUUACGUUUGCAGUGUCUGCGAACAGGAGUUCGAUGAGCGCGAGCAGCUCAAAAAACACCAAAAGCGCCAGCAUCGCAAACUGAAGGUAGAUAUCGUGACCACCGAAGCGCCAUGCAACGGCAGUGGCGUGGAAGGUCCGCGAAACCUUGAACCGCCACCGCUCACGGCAAUGCCCGGGCUGGAGCUGAAGCUGAUGAAUGGUUCCAUGAAACGGCACAGUUUUGCAACAUACCAAACCCCCGAUAAAAUGGAUGACGAUUUGAUGAUCAUUGAUUCCGAGGACGAAACCAAACCGAACGAUAGCAAAACCUUGCUCUCAUCCACUCCAAGCGGCUCGGCGGAAGGACAGAAUGCCAGUGCCACCCCCGGUUCGCAGAUUCGAUGUGAACUGUGCCAUAAAACCUUCACGUACAACUGCUACCUGACCAUGCAUAUGCGCAAAAAUCACGACGAAUCGAAACCUUACGGCUGCAAAGUGUGCCAUUAUCGGUUCGGCUACCGUGGAACCCUUCUGCGCCACCAGCUGAUACAUUCGUCGCAAAGCGUACGGCCAGGUGGUCACGGUUCGAUCAUAUUCAAGUGCCGGAUCUGCUCGGCCAAGUUUUUGGAACUGAUGCACUUGAACAAGCAUCUGAAAACUCACCGACAACCGACGGAACCGCCCGUUGCCGAAACCAGCGGCCAAGUGCAGCUCAUUCGAUGCAGCGAAUGUACGCAGAUAUUCAGCGACCGUGUCCAGUUCGAGGAGCACGAGCAGAAAGAGCACAAGCCGAAGUCUGAAAGAGGCACCUUCCGUCCAGCUACCACAUCAACGGCCGGCGAUCACCGAUCCAGCAGUUUGUCCCAGCGAAUGCAAGAAGCUCCCUCGGCAUCAUCGUCCCCGUUCACUAGCAGCAGCAGCGUCAAGAACAAGCUGAAUUUCGAGCUAAAGGAUGAGCAACCCGACGAUUAUCUUACCGAUAUUUCCAUCGUCAAAGUGGAGCCAGUUGCUAACUAGAUUAAAUAGUCGUUGUUCUUGCUUGGGAUCUAUACCAUCAUUAAAGUGUCGCGCAAUCUACAGACCUUUAGAGGCUCCAAACGUUUCAGUUACACUAUAUAUGUACCGUUAACGGUGGAAUAAUUUAGCGGGGUUGUAAUAAAUGGAACCAUUUUUGGCGAUAACGUCAUCCCUUCUCGGAGUGCAACCGCAAUCCAAUUCGGGGUUACCAAAGAGUACUUAACAUAUAGUGCUAUUUUUGUAGGUUUGUAGUAUGUGGAAUCUAAUUUGAUGAAUA